AGCAAAAACAAGUUUAUUCUCUAACUACAAAAUAUAGAUUUUAAGUGAUAGUAAACAGAUCAAAGCAUCUUACCUUGCAAAUAAACAAACUAAACAUAAUAUACUGAACAGAUUGGAUAUGAAUAGCAGUUUCUCACUCGAAGAGAUGAUGCAAGCGGGCUGCAGAUUCUUAAGGGGCAAGCUGCACUUGCUUACAGCUUGGAAUGCCCAGAUAUUCCAUUCACGGGCUAAAAAUCCCUUUAGUCUGGAUCCCACACUUCCCCCAGUUCAGUCUUUGUUCCUCGAGUGUUUCCAGGAGUCUUCUUGAGUGGGAACGAAGAACACAAGAUGAUGUCCUUCCCAGCCUUGUAUAGUUUUGUUUCAAAAGCUUAGUUCCUAGUUCCCAGACCUGUCUGUGGAAAAUUGACAUCCCAAGAAGGAGUCUAGUGCCACAUGGUCUCAUCACGUGUCCUUGUAGAGUCAUAGCAGACAUCGCUCACAGGCUGUUUGGAGCAUACACAGGAAGGCUCCCUAGGUGGGAGAUAAGCUUCUCCCAAGGCCUAUUGUUUUUCAAAUGGCCCAUUCCCCACCCACUGUCUGGAAUGAAAGCAUCUUGUCUAGUGGACAUUUCCCAAGGUGUAAUUACAUUUGAAAUGCAGACAAUCAAUAUUAAUAACUUCAGAUACAAUUAUACAUGAAUACAAAUAAGAUAAUCAUAUUCAGCAAAUCAUAACCUUUUCAAUGAUAUCUCACAUUACUUAUCUUGCAUAAAGUACAUCAUAACUAUGUCAUAAUUAUAUCAUACCAAUAUCACCAUGAAGAAUAUGGGUUGUAGUGUCACAGCAUGCAUACAAAAAGUGAGGGUGAGGUGGAAUGGUGGAGGGGAAAACUUAAUAGGAGAAUGGGGGUAGGGAAGUUAUGGUAAUAUAGAGCAGUGAGGAAGGAAGGGAGAGAGCAAGGGAUGGAGAAGAGAAUGAGUUGUUCAGAGAUGGGGUGGAAGAGGGAGAGAAGCUGUUGGAAUGAACAGAGAGGAAAUAAAUGUCCAGAUUGAAAACCAUGGUACGUAGUGGCUGAUAAUCUCACAGUAUUCACAGCAUAUGCUGCUGUCCCCUUGCUGGAUCUCUUGGUGUGAGGGAUGGGGAGUGCUGACUAGGUCUUAUCCCCAUUCCUGAUGCUACUGCCUCGGGCCCUGUGGGGAAUGGUGAAGUCUUUGGGUUCCUAGGUGCUGGCUCUGCCCUGGACCUCUGUUUCUCUCACGUGUGGUUUGUAGCAGAUGCUGCUAAGGGCCUCAUCCACCAGUGUGGGUUCCCCCUGAUAAUUCUGGUAGUGCAACAUUGUGAGGCCAAACCUAUGGAUGGAUGGAUUAAAGUAGAAUUGAGCAAAAUACUGCUGAAACCAGGGAUAACCAGACAGCUUGGGCCUCAUUUUCAGAGGUGUUAAAUGCCUGAACCUACCAUUGAUGUUAGCUAGAGGUGUGGGUGUUGCGUACUUCUAUCCAACAUUGGACAGCCCAAAAACUUGGACCCCCACAAAGCAGUGGCUUGUGAAUAGGCUGGCCUAGACCCAUGUAAGUCACUGUGCAGAAUCAAGGCUUUUCACCCUAGUUAUGUAUAUUUCCCAGGUGCUGAUCCUCAACCCUUCUAGCACCUGAUUCUUUCCCUGAUAGCUGAAAGAGGGCCAAGCCUCUGGUAGCAUAGUUUACACCUGUAAAUCCUGUAGAAGGAUUAGGGACUAACCCGCCCCCAAACACCUGUGAAGGUGCCCCGCAGCCAAGUAAGCAAUAUACAGGCUGUGUAGAUAGUCUCCGAUAUGACUGUAUGAGGGAUACAACAAAAAACCUGAGAAUUUGAUCAAUAUCCCGAGCUCCAGCCGUGCUUUUCGAGCUGGAAAUGGCUGAGGCUGGGACUGCAAACCUCUGGCUGCUUUUUUAACUUUGUGUGUGUGUGUGUGUGUGUGUGUGGCGGGGGGAGGGGGUACAGCUUGUCAGAUCCUGUUAAAGCCAGAGCCACAGCGCCCUCCUCCCCCCCCCCCCCAAAAAAAAAUCCAUCCCAUCCUAAACAGCCCAGAAGCAGCUGCUCUUCGCUGCCCAAAGAGAGGAUUUACCACAGCUUUGUGGGGCCGGGCUUCCAGGAAGGCGGGUGAAGGCAUUUGCAGCGCGGAGCUGGCGGGCUGGUCCUGUGGUGGGCGGCAGGAGCAGCCCGAGACCCGCCCACCCCGCUCCGGCUGGUGGCUCGCAGUGGUCUGCUCCCGCCGAGGAGGGAAGCGGCGGGUGACAGCGGCGCCUUGUUGCUCUGCCGGUCCAUUGCUCCAGCUGUGCAGCCGGCGGCGCUCGGCGGCGGGACGCUGCCGCUGCCGCGAGGGGAGAGGCGCUAAGCCAGGGAGCCCCCGGCUCCGGCUCCUCCGCACCUGCCUGGCCAAGGAGGGUUCUUCGGCGAGCCGCCGCCGCCGCUGCUGGAGGGGGCGCGCACACUGCAGUAAUGCGAGACCAUCCCCUCCUGGCGGGGAAGGGGAAGCCGGCCGAGUCCCAGCCCAGCCAGGUGUUCCGCUUCGGUCUGCGGCUGGCGGCCCAGAGCGCUCAGUGACCCGCCAGCGGGAGUCUCCUCUGCCCCUGGGCGCGCUUCAGACCGCCUGGCUUCAGCCGGAGGGGGGGUUGCGGUAGCUGGAGAGGGGGAGAGAGAAGCGGCUGCUCCUUGGUGCUCCUCUUCCUCCUCCCCCCCCCCCAGCCCCGGUCAUUUUCUGCUGCCGCCGCUUUGCCAGCUCGAGGAGGGCAGGGAAGCUUGUGUCAUGCAAUCGGUGCCCAGUGAAAGGUCUCCGAGGCUGAAGUACCCGUGAGAGGAAGUGCAGCGAAAUCAAGCCCGCUCUGUGCAAUGACAGCCAUGAAGGAGCAGCAGGCACCGCCGAACCCGGGCAGCCGGGGGAGCCAGCCUCAGCAGCAAGACCAGGAGCUUGGAAGUAACAGCCCUCCGCAGAGGAAUUGGAAGGGAAUUGCAAUUGCACUGCUGGUGAUUCUAGUUGUAUGUUCACUCAUCACUUUGUCUGUCAUUCUUUUAACCCCAGAUGAGCUUACAAAUUCAUCAGAAACCAGAUUGUCUUUAGAAGAUCUCUUCAAAAAAGAGUUCAUAGUUCAUAAUCCAGAAGCCAAAUGGAUUAAUGAUACAGAAGUGGUGUAUAAAAAUAGGAAUGGACAUGUUGUUAAACUGAAUGUAGAAACAAAUACAACCACGUUAUUACUGGAAAAUACAACUUUUGUAACUUUCAAAGCAUCAAGAUAUUCAGUUUCACCAGAUUUAAGAUUUGUUCUUCUUGCAUAUGAUGUUAAACAGGUUUUUCAUUAUUCUUACACGGCUUCAUAUGUGAUUUAUAACAUACAUACAAGGGAAGUUUGGGAGUUAAACCCUCCAGAAGUAGAGGAUUCAGUUUUACAGUAUGCAGCAUGGGGUGUAGAAGGAGAGCAACUGAUUUAUAUUUUUGAAAAUAACAUCUACUAUCAACCUGAUGUAAAGAGUAGCUCAUUGCGACUGACAUCCUCAGGAAAAGAAGGAAUCAUAUUUAAUGGAAUUUCAGACUGGCUCUAUGAAGAGGAGCUUCUUCACUCUCAUGUUGCCCACUGGUGGUCCCCGGAUGGAGAAAGGUUGGCAUUCUUGAUGAUAAAUGACACUUUGGUACCAAACAUGGUUAUUCCUCGGUUUACUGGAGGUCUGUAUCCCAAAGGAAAGCACUAUCCAUAUCCUAAGGCAGGUCAAACAAACCCAACAGUAAAGCUGUUUGUAGUCAAUCUAUAUGGACCAACACAUACACUGGAACUCAUGCCACCUGACAGCUUUAAAUCAAGAGAAUACUACAUCACUAUGGUAAAGUGGGUAAGCAAUACCAAGACUGUGGUGAGAUGGUUAAACAGACCUCAGAACAUUUCCAUUCUUACGGUUUGUGAGACCACGACUGGGGCUUGUAGCAAGAAAUAUGAGAUUACAUCAGAAGUGUGGCUUUCUAAACAGAAUGAGGAGCCAGUUUUCUCCAAAGAUGGAAGUAAGUUCUUUAUGAUAGUCCCAGUGAAACAAGGUGGCCGGGGUGAAUUCCACCACAUAGCAAUGCUUAUUGUUCAGGCUAAAACUGAACAAAUCAGUGUGAGACACCUGACAUCAGGAAACUGGGAAGUUAUCAAAAUCCUGGCAUAUGAUGAAAAUACUCAAAAGAUUUAUUUUUUAAGCACUGAAGAUUCCCCAAGAGGGAGACAGCUACAUAGUGUAUCAACUGUUGGAUUACUGAACCGCCAGUGUCUUUCAUGCAAGUUCAUGGAAGAUCAGUGCACGUACUUCAGUGCAAAGUUUAGUCCCAUGAACAAGCAUUUUUUACUACAUUGUAAAGGGCCAGGCGUUCCAGUUGUUAGCGUGCACACUACAAGUAACCCUGGAAAAUUUUACAUAUUGGAAAAUAAUGCUGUGUUGAAAGAAACUAUUUUAAAGAAAAAGAUUUUGCGGACAGAAAUUAAAAUGGUUCACAUUGAGGAUUAUGAACUUCCUUUACAGUUGUCAUUUCCAAAGGAUUUCACAGAUCGAAACCAGUAUGCUGUUCUGUUAAUAAUUGAUGAAGAUCCAGGCAGCCAGUUGGUUACAGAUAAGUUUCACGUUGACUGGGAUUCGGUGCUUGUCAACUCUGAUAAUGUCAUCGUAGCUCGAUUUGAUGGCAGAGGGAGUGGAUUUCAAGGCCUUAAAAUUCUACAGGAAGUCCAUCGUUGCUUAGGUUCAGUGGAAGUGAAGGACCAAAUAGCAGCUGUAGAGUCAUUACUGAAACAACCAUUCAUCGAUCCUAACCGACUGAGCAUAUUUGGAAAGGGAUAUGGCGGAUACAUUGCAUCAAUGAUCCUGAAAUCCAAUGAAAGACUUUUUAAAUGUGGAGCUGUUAUUGCACCAAUCACAGACAUGAAGUUGUAUGCUUCAGCUUUUUCAGAAAGAUACCUUGGCAUUCCAUCUAAAGAGGAAAAUACAUAUCAGGCAUCCAGUGUACUGCACAAUAUUCAUGGUUUAAAAGAAGAGAAUUUGCUAAUAGUUCAUGGGACAGCCGAUACUAAAGUCCAUUUCCAACACUCAGCAGAACUAAUUAAACAUCUAAUAAAAGCUGGAGUUAAUUACACUAUGCAGAUCUACCCAGAUGAAGGUCAUAACAUUGCAUCUGAGAAAAGCAAAUAUCACCUUUACAGCACAAUCCUUGGGUUUUUUAGUGCUUGUUUAAAGGAGGAAGCCCCAAUUUUACCACAGGAACCUGAAGAGGAUGAAUAAGGAAGCCUGUUUGUACAGUACUGAAGGGAGACUUACUUUGAGGCUCAAUAAAACCUUAAAUAAAAGUGACUGUAAGAUUGCAGAUUCUGCAGAAGCUCAAGGGCAGCUAAAGGAUAUAACAGUGGAACAGCACAUUUAGAGACACUGAGCUAAUAAACUGGAAUUUGAAUACAAAUCCAAACAUAUUACUGAGGGACAAAACCUAUAUCUUUGUGGAUGGACAACGGUUGGUUACAGUUUCCUGGACAAACUUAGUUUUGCAUAAGUGUAGAGUGGGUGCAUGUUUAUUAUGUUAAGCCUCACUGUUUGUUCUGUAAGUAGUUGCCCUGUUUUUAAUUUAAAUGCACAUCUUUAUCCAUUUUUGCAUUAUGCUCUACCAAUCAUAAAUAUUAAGGCCACUUAUAUUUUAAAAGGUGAGUUGCAAUCUAAUACUUUACUGUAACAUUACAAUAAGUGCAAUUCCUUUCCUGCCUAUUAAGCAUAAGAAAGCAUUAAGUUAAUAAAGGAUGUGAUAUUUUCUAUAGUUUCUGUUUAAAGGGAAAAUAUUGUCCAGUGGGUCAUAUAACAUAAGUAUAGAAACUUAUUUUAUUUUUGUUUGUUUUAAUUUCAGACAUUUAUUACUGUUAUUGUACCUAUUAGUAACCAGUAAGGGCAUUUUUGGGAGUGCACUCUUGGUCUUUAUGUAUAUACACAUGACUUCCUACGCAGAAAAUCUUUGUAUGCUUGAAUAAUUUUUCAAGCCAUAAUUAACAGCUGUGUUUUAACAAUGUCUGCAGUUGAAAUACUUCCCCAAUCCCAAAUGUAUCAUUUCCAUAAGAAAUGUUUGGGUUGUGUUUUGGUAUUGUUUAUAGUAGUUAAUAGUCUGCUGGUUACACUCUAAUUUUAGAAUAUGCUACUUUGUCAGAUGUAAAUUAGAUACAUAAAUAUUAAAUUAUAGUUUCAGAUAAAGAAAUUUUAUUAACAACGUAAUGCCAUUGAGUUAUAUUUUACCCUAAAAAAGAAAUCUUUGCUCAGAUUCCAUUCUAAUUUCUGUGGCAGUAGCAGGUAACUGGAACAGCCUGUCAGUUUUUAUUUGGUAUUCCACAGCUGCUCAUUAAGAAGGAUUUACAUUCAACAGUGUUACGAAGAAAUGAAGUAUUUUUCAUCCAUGGCCAAGGAAGCUCCUGACAAAUGAAAUUUUGUGAUUUUAUUCAGAUGGAGAUACCAAAAUGCAUCCAUUUAUUUGUCAAGGUUAAUUACAGCACUAGAAAUUGACACUAGGAAAUAAACAAAGCAGUCAACAUAGGUCAUCAGAAUAUUAACAUCAGCGAUUGAAAUCAAACAUUAUGUUCAUUUAAUAUUAGAUAUGUUCCAGAAGGUAUCUGAAGGCUCUUGACAAAUGCUGUGCAACGCACAUAAAUACAUAUGUAAUUUUUUUUCUCUGGAUAUUAUUUAUUAAUGCUUUUCAAUGUGAUUAGGAUUUCAUUUCUUGCGAGAUUAAAAUUAACAUAAUCAACAUAAUUUUUGGAAAGUAAUUUAUACUAUUUGAAAUGCAAAGUUUUUUGCAUAUUUUAUGAAGAAUUAAAAUUGUUUUUAAGGUAUAUUGAAAUUCAUCUGAAGCUUUUUAAUCAAUAUUUUCUUCUGGAAUAUUUUCUUCUUUGACUGCUAGAGUUUUUUCUGAUGCAAAUAGUUAAGUUGUCUGAAAGAUGGUUUUAUGGAGCACUUAAAAGUAUUUGUCUGUUAAUGUUUAGUAUUUACUUUGUUUUAUCUAUUUUCAAUUAGUUUAAUACACUUUUAAUGUGCAUUGACAUCUUGUCUGGGUCCCAGUGUGACCGCAAAGUCUGAGUAUGUCUGCAGUGGAGGAUAUGGGAACACUCUAUGUACUAGGAAAGACGUCAAGACAAAUUUGAGAAAAUCCGUUUGUUCAGCAGCAACAAGCAAGAAAUCAAACACAGACCUACCAACUCUGCUUAUACUACAGGACCAGCACUUCAACUUAUUAAACAGUUGGAAUUUGUUCUUGUAAAUUUACCCAGAUUAUGUCCUUCAUCAUUUUCCUCUGAUACG